UCUUCUCGAUCGCCUGUGCUGUCAUUUGAGUUGGACACGCAGCCUUCGAGCUUCUGCGCUCUUCCUUCCCGUUUCCCAUCUCCCAGAGCCUUUCUUCUCUUCUCUUCUCUUCUCUUCGACAAUUAAUUUCUUAUCGACCUUUUUUUUUUAAAGGAAAAAAAAUAAUUUCGUAGCGUAAAAAUUUGCGAUCCACUCGGAAACAAUUUUAUAAAGAGCUUUUUCUUGCAUUUUUUAUUGGUUUAAAAAAAUAAUCUAACCUAACGCUGAUUUUCUUUUUCUUUGUAUUUUAUUUUGCUUCGAAUGGCGGGGCUUGAUUUCGGCACGGCCUCACGGUUCGUGCACCCACUGCGCCUCCACCUCCCCCACGGGAAGGGCGACGAGGGCGAUGGCUCGCCUGGCGGAGGGGAGGAGGAGGGAGCUGGGUACGGGGGGCUGGAGCUGUCGACGCCGUCCGGGGAGGUGGGGGGAAGGCGGCCGCGCGGCCGGCCGCCGGGGUCGAAGAACAAGCCGAAGCCGCCGGUGAUCAUCACGCGGGAGAGCGCGAACGCGCUGCGGACGCACAUACUGGAGGUGGGCGGCGGGUGCGACGUGUUCGAGUGCCUGACGACGUACGCGCGCCGGCGGCAGCGCGGCGUGUGCGUGCUCAGCGGCAGCGGGACGGUGGCCAACGUGACGCUCCGCCAGCCGGGCGGCGGGGGAGGCGGCGAAGGGGCGGUGGCGGCGGCGCUGCAGGGGAGGUUCGAGAUACUGUCGCUGUCCGGCUCGUUCCUGCCGCCGCCCGCGCCGCCGGGGGCCACCAGCUUGGCCGUGUUUUUGGCGGGCGGGCAGGGGCAGGUGGUGGGGGGCAGCGUGGUGGGCUCGCUGAUCGCCGCGGGGCCGGUCAUCCUGAUCGCCGCGUCGUUCACCAACGUGGCGUACGAGAGGCUGCCGCUAGAAGACGAGGAGGACGAGGCAGCGGCCGCUCAGCAGCAGCAGCAGCAGCAGCUGGAGAUCCAGCACCCGGCGCCGUCGACGAACGGCGCCAGCAGGACGGCCGCCGGACUGGGACUGCCGUCGCCGUUUGCCGACCCUUCGUCCGGUCUUCCGUUCUUCAAUUUGCCGCUCAGUAUGUCUCAGCUGCCGGUGGAUGGGCGCGGCGGCGACGCGUGGCCCGGAAGCGCGUCUUCCACCGCCGGAAGACCACAGUUCUGAUCAACGAUGAACCGGCGACGAACCUGUAUAACUACUACACUCUAAUUUCCUUUGCUGUGAUAUUUUGGUGUUCGAAUUGUUCUUCUCCUUCAAAUUAAAACCCAGCUUUUGCUGUUUUCUAUU